AUGCAGAUUAGUGAGGAUCACAAUGCCUGCUCCGAGUCUGGCUCUGUUUGCAGGUGGCCCCAGCUGCUCCAUGAGCUCUGCAGCACACCCUUUCCUACCCUCUUCUGCCCCAGGAUUGUGCUGGAAGUGCUGGUUGUGUUCCAAAGCGUCAGCAAGCAGUGUCACCACGUGUCUGGCCAGGUCACCAUUGCCUCGGAGCUGAGACACAGGCAAUGGGUGGAGAGGAUGCUGCGGUCUCGCCAGCGGCAGAACUACCUGUGUAUGUGGAGUAGUAUCAGACUACUGUCCCCUGUGCUCAGCCUGAUCCUGUUCCUCAUUACGCUGGAGUUGGUCAACGUUCAUGAUGUUCAUGGGAAGAAUGCGCAUGAGUAUCAGCAGUACCUAAAGUGA